AUGGUAUAUAAGACUUUCUACAAAGGUAAAUACUAUAUAACCUUUAAACGUGGCUUUGAAGAUUGUAAAAAAGAUAUAAUAAUAUCUAUUGAAAAGUCAUUUGAAAAUGAUAGUUUGACAUUAACCUUAUCAGACGACGAAGAUCCAACUUUUUUAUUUAGAAUUUGUAUAACAAGAUGUGAUUACGAAGAUUUAAAGAAACAACAAGGGCUUCUUAUAGAUUUUGAUAACUUUCCGUCACAAAUCGUUAGAUUAUUACAACAAUGUGCCUCAAACAAUAUGUUUCUCAUCAUACAUCAGUUGAAUCCUAUGAAAUAUAACUUUGAAAUUAUUGAACACAAUGAAUUCAAAAGAUUGGUACAUUUGUCACUAAGUACAGGACCUGCUACAGAUUCUGAAAUAAAGCAACAUAUGGCUGAAACAAUUUCCAGUUUAAAAAAAAGUUUAGCAGCUGUGAAAAGUGCAGCAGCCAGUAAUGAAACCAUUUUGAAUGAUAAAAUGACAAAAAUGGAAGAAAAAAUACAUGACUUAACACAUACAUUGUCAAAAAUGGAGGAAGAUAAAUUACGACGUGAGACUGAAUUUUAUGAAUCAUUGAAAUUAGAAAAAGAUAGACUGAUUCAGGAGAAAAUACAGUGGCAAAAAACAUCAGAACUUAAUACAAAAGCCAUUUUAGCUACCUCACAAGAAAACUUAAGCAAGAAAGAUAAGCAAAUUGAUGAUCUUAAUGUACUUUGCAAACAACUCCGUGAUAAUGUCAUGCAACUAGAAAAUCAAAUCAGCGAUAGGACUCAACGCAUUAAUUUUAUUGAAAGUGAAGUACAAAAGGCACAUAUAGAAGUUGCCACUUUAAAAGCAAAAAAUGUGACAUUAGAAAGAGAAGUAAAUGAAAAGGAUAAACAAAUUAGUCAAAUGCAACUACGCCUUACUUCUUUAGAAAAGGUUAAUAAGGACAAUGCUGAAAAAAUCAAGGACUUAAACGAAGCUCUUCAAACAGCCAAGAAAGAAAAGGAGAAUUUAGAAAAAAGAUUAUCUCUGAGUGAAUCCCUAGCUAAUAAACAUAAUGAAGCUGCUCACUCAACAGCAGAACAAUUGCUUAAGGCAAAUCAAAUUAUCUCCAAGCAGAACUAUGAUUUAAUUGAAAUGAAGGAAAAGCUAUUGUGUAGGACUGCCAUAGCUUUAGAGCAAGAAAAAGUAAUAGAGGGUUAUACAAAAGAAAUAAAAGAUUUAAAGACUGAAAUCGAAUCCACGAAACUGGGAAUGGCAUCAUUGAAAAGCGAAUUAGAAAAUUUAAAAGAAAAGUAUGAAAGCACUGAACAUGCUUUGAAAGAUCGUGAAGAAACUAUUAAGAAUAAUAAUAUGGUCAUCCAGUGGCUGCACAAAAAGAUGGAAGAUCAGUUUCCAACUUCUGAUAAUAUUAACUUUGGUAUCCAAAGAAGUAGCUCCACGCCAUACUUUAUAUCAAGAAAUAAACCGGAAAAUACCUUGCAGGAAUCAGAUGAUACAAUAAAUUUUUAUGCAACUUCCAAGACGUCGAGUUUAGAAGACAGUCCUCGCAUAGAAAACAAUGAAGGAACUAGUAAAGUAGGCUUAGAUCCAAAAUAUUUACAACCUUCUGCAGAUGAAAACCAAUCAAAGAAAUCGAAAGGCACUGCACGAUCAGUAGCCGCAUCUUUUAAAUGUCAAAAGGGAAAAGAAAAUAAAAACACUGAGUUGCCAAAAGUUGAUUACAGGGAAAAGAAAUCUUCAAGAGGGACUUACAGAACUACACCUGUUUCAGCAUAUUUCCCAUAA